AUGCCUAUAUCCAAUACCAAAGAUACUUCUUCUGUACAUGUUUCUCUAGUACGCAGUUUCACAGAUCGUAUUGGGUUCACGACUUCUAAGGACCGUAAUCUGAGCGAGUCGACUGUCAAUUCUGGAACAUCCAAAUUCUCAAAAGCUUCAAACAAAGAGACACCCUUGAUCACUUCGACCUGGGGAAUAGGAUGGCAGACGCCGGCUCUCAUGCUCGGGGCUUAUGUUCAUGCCCUUGUAAUCGCCAUCAUUCAUUUAGUACUCUUUCGAUACCUCAAUGAAAAAGAAGCAGAUGGACCGAACGAAAUUGCACCGCAGUCUUAUAUAUCGACAGCUUCGAACAUUCUUGCCAACCUAUUCGGCUUCAGCAUUCGAGGAGCAUUGGCAGUCGCAUUCGUUCAAUAUCUGUGGUAUCUCCUACGGAUCCAAACUAUGAAAGUGUCAACUAUUGAGCUACUCUUCAACAUCAGAUCGAACUUGUUCGUCUUCUUUAGGCCAUCGGCCCUGCGAGCCACGCCCGUCUUAUUCGUUCUUGCAGGUAUUAUAUGGGCGUCACAAGUUGUGACAAGUUUUCCACCCGGUGCAAUUACUGUUAUAUCAUCACAAAAGAUCUCAUAUGAGCAAGUAUCGGUCCCAACAUUUAACGCUUCCUUUAUGGGAAAUGGCUCUGGCGUAGAUGCUUCAAAAUAUUCUCUGCCACAGCUAGCCCCUUUCCCCCCAGGCGGGUUUACUACUGACAACUCAACAACAGUUACCUAUUGGAACGACACCUACGUACCUUUCCCGAUUUACGCUGGAGAAUGGCUGUCUCCGCUAUCUGCGCAACUCCUUCAUACUCUUUACAACGGCACCUACACACUUGCUCGCUUCAAUAGCUCAACGCUGACCCCCUUGGCCGCGAAUCACGAGCAACUAAUGAACAUGCAAAAUGCGUCAGCCCUGAUUCGACAGGACAAUAUCAAUUGCUCACCAGGCCGUGCCCGGUUCCAAGUCAACAAUACUUAUGUCAACAACGUCCAAAGCAGAAACAUAUCGGUAACUCCAAUUGAUAAGUUGAUUAACCUUGCGCUUCUGACCUACCAAGGGGAAGUCAUCGUCCCUGGCAUCUGUGCAAAGACUGGAUAUGGCUUCGGGACUGGCCCAGCGAACUGGACCGACUUCUCACGGUCGUACUACCGCGACAAUAACAUCAUGGCGAUAUUUAGCGCAAUGAUGUCGUGGAUGAGUGGAAAGUUCCUUGGGACCUUGAGUGACGACAGUACCCCCGGCAAUCCAAACACGUCUCCUGGUCCUUGGUUCACUGACCUCCAUUGGACUAACCCGGUCACUGUCACAGCUAGUGGCUUAGCAGUUGAUAAUGGACCCCAAAAUGGCACUAUCGUGGACAGCACCCGCUUCAAUGCCGCGUUCGGACAAUACUCUGCUUUUAAACCAGCAUAUCCAUCGUUCAACGUCACCCAAGAUAUGAUCAACGACUAUUUGUUCAACAUGACGACGUCGAUAAUGAUGGCGUAUGGAGAAUGGAAUACCACGGCCAAUGCAACCAAGUUGACCACUAUCAACAUCUACAGCUUCUCUCAACCAUUAAAUCUCAUCCUGCCGUACUUUCUGACCUUACUAGUCAGCCUACCAUUUAUACUGGUUGGAGGUUGGGCGCUACUGCGGAACGGUGUCUCUGCAAUGGAUGGCAGCUUUAUACAGAUCAUCACUACGUCCACUGGAAGUGCAGUCCUCGACAAUGCAGCAGCUGGCGGCUGUUUGGGUGGCAAUGAAAGCAUUCCACAGGAGCUCAAGGACCUGAAGAUUCGAUUCGGCGAGUUCAUAGGCCGCGAAGAGCCUGGGGGAGUCAAGCGAGCUGGCUUUGGCACCGAGAGUGAAGUUACACCGUUACAAAAAGGGGCCAACUAUGGCAUUGCGAGGUGGAUAUAA